AUGCCCGGGGGACGUUACUUGUGUGGGACCAUCUUUAGCUUCGUCGGCUUUGUCUUCCUGGUAAUGGUGGGAUCGUUGCUAAAGUUGCAGCCGCAAUACAUUCAUAACGCCAAGAUGCCAAGUGCUGGGGCCACCGCGUGCUUUGAAGCUGCCUUGUUGUACGCUGUCGCUAUGGUCGUGUGCUACGGGAUGUGGCGGCAAGAAAAAAUGCAUCAAGGGGACGCCACUUUUAUCUCGGACACGUUCACGUUCAAGCGCGAUCGAGUCGCCUACUACGGCUCGGACGACUCGGACGAGGAACUGCCACUCGCGAAACAUCGAUCGCCAACUCCCCGCAUGGUAUAG